CACCGACACGGGUAUCUGAUUGCCGCACGCGGCUGGUCGGCUGGUCGUCUCUCGGAGCUGCAGGGGGCAAACCAAAUUCGAGGUUGCAAAUUUCCUGACUGUCUUGGAUUAGGAUGCCCGGUGGGGGCCUCACUUCCUCAGCCCCAGCGUCCUUCUAGGCACCCCACCAACACGACCCCCACAACCAGUAUCUCCUUGCAGACUCCACCACUGCUUCUCCAGAGACUCCCUGCACUUAAAGUGAGCAGAAGGAAGCUCUUGGAAAAAUCCUUAGCUGUGGCCCACAGACAGUCAUUGCCCUCCCCUGCCCACCAUGGGCUGGCUUUUUCUAAAGGUUCUCUUCGUGGGGGUGACUUUCCUGGGAUGUCUUUAUCCUCUCGUGGAUUUUUGCUGCAGCGGGGACACAAGAGGCCAGAAGCCGAAUUUUGUGAUCAUUUUGGCAGAUGACAUGGGGUGGGGUGACCUGGGAGCAAACUGGGCAGAAACGAAGGACACUGCCAACCUUGAUGAGAUGGCCGCAGAAGGAAUGAGGUUUGUGGAUUUCCAUGCAGCUGCCUCCACCUGCUCCCCCUCCAGGGCCUCCCUGCUCACCGGACGGCUCGGCCUUCGCAAUGGAGUCACGCACAACUUUGCGGUCACUUCCGUGGGGGGUCUUCCGCUCAAUGAGACCACCUUGGCUGAGGUGCUGCGGCAAGCUGGCUAUGUCACUGGGAUGAUAGGCAAAUGGCAUCUCGGGCACCAUGGAUCUUACCACCCCAACUUCCGCGGUUUUGAUUACUACUUUGGAAUCCCAUACAGCCACGACAUGGGCUGCACCGACACCCCGGGCUACAACCACCCUCCUUGUCCAGCGUGUCCACGGGGGGACGGGGACGGACCGUCGAGGCCUCCCUUUUCACAAGAUGCCAGGUGGCUUCGUGUGCACGUCGCAGGGGGAGAAGUGAAGUGCGAUACGUCUCGUCGCUGCCCUCCUUACCAGCUGGGGCUCGGGGGGCACAUCUGUGGUCACACUUGGACCCACGAGAGGGACUGUUACACGGACGUGGCCCUUCCUCUGUACGAAAACCUCAACAUCGUGGAGCAGCCGGUGAACCUGAGCGGUCUUGCGCAGAAAUAUGCGGAGAAAGCUACCCAGUUCAUCCAACACGCGAGUGCCAGCGGAAGGCCCUUCUUGCUGUACGUGGCCCUGGCUCAUAUGCAUGUACCCUUAUCCGGGACACGGCUCUCUGCAGACCGACGGGGCCGGAGGCCAUAUGGUGCAGCUCUCCGGGAGAUGGACCGCCUGGUGGGCCAGAUCAAGGACAAAGUCGACCGCACGGCAAGGGAAAACACAUUCCUCUGGUUUACAGGAGACAACGGCCCGUGGGCUCAGAAGUGUGAGCUGGCCGGGAGCGUGGGUCCCUUCACUGGAUCGUGGCAGACUCAUCAAGGGGGAAGUGCAGCCAAGCAGACCACGUGGGAAGGUGGGCACCGGGUCCCGGCUCUGGCCUACUGGCCUGGCACCGUUCCCAUCAACGUCACCAGCACUGCCUUGUUAAGUGUGCUGGACAUCUUCCCCACUGUGGUGGCCCUGGCGGGGGCCAGCCUACCCCAAGACCGGCACUUUGACGGCUUGGAUGCCUCUUCCGUGCUUUUUGGCUGGUCGCAGACUGGGCACCGGGUGCUGUUUCACCCCAACAGUGGGGCGGCUGGAGAGUAUGGAGCCCUUCAGACCGUCCGCCUGGAACAACACAAGGCCUUCUAUGUCACCGGCGGAGCCAAAGCCUGUGACGGGAAGGUCGGGCCCCCGCGGCUUCACGAGCCUCCCCUCAUUUUUAACCUGGAAGAGGAUGUUGCGGAAGCCGAGCCUCUAGAAGAAGGUGGUGCUGAGUACGAGCGCGUCCUGCCCGAGGUCAGACAGGUCCUGGCGGACGUGCUUGUGGACAUUGCUGGUGACAAGACGUCCAGGGCGGAUUACACGCGGGAUCCUUCGGUGACCCCCUGCUGUGAUCCCCACCGAAAGGCCUGCCGCUGUCACACCUCCUGACCCACUUCCCCCCCACUGUCCUCCCUGCAUGCCGCCUUGGGAGGGGGGUGGGGACGGCUGUGCCGAGCCGUAGGGAAAGGCACACAGGCUUUGGAGUCAGGCCGGGUUCAGGCCCCGUCACUGAACCCACAGCUUUCGAGCUCAUUCUGAGGACCAAGGAGGCACUAUAUGCAAAUGACUGCCACAUCAUGUGACGCGGAACAGGCACUGGAUGCACUUUAGUUUCCUUUCCUUUCCAUGCACCCAGUUUUGCCGGUCGUUUUAGCAUAGAUUCAUGCCAGCUGGGAUCUAGGGCAGCACUUUUCCAUCUUUAAUACGCAUACGUGUCACCUGGGAUCCCUCGAGAGUGCAGAUUCUGGCUCAGUAGUUGCCCGAGACGCUCCAUUUCCGGGCAGCUCCUGGGGGAAAUGCCCCGAGUAGCACAGGUGCAGACUAGACAAAGCUAGACGUUUCCGGGUCUCAGGGCAGGCGAGCCCACGGAGAAAUCCGUGGCACUCCCUGUCUCCUCUCGUUCCCCCUUAAAGAUCAAAUGAUGGUAUUUUAAAGAUUGUAAGCAUUCCUUCUGCCUCCUAAAACCAGGAAGAAAUGAACGUCUAAAACCUCAAAAACACAUUGCCAUGAUUUUAUUAUAAGUGUCCUAAAUGGGACUCCAAGGUAAUAAAUGAUUCAUUCCAAUCACUGCAAAAAUACUUUGCCCGGCUAAAAGCAGUCUCUCUAUAUGUCAUAUACAAGAAAUACAAUUCAAAGAGGUUUUCCUCUACGUACAUUUUUACAUGGCAUAUGUUUAAAAAGGAUGCCCUCGUUCAUAUAAAGUUCCGGCUAUAGACCAACGUGGUUAGUGGGCAUCGACGCGAUGGCUGUAACAGAUUUCAUAUAGUCUCUCCCGUGCCUGCUGGCAACCGGGGCGGAGGAGAGUUUGGUGAGCAGUGGACCGCGUCCCGUGGCUUAAGCAGGCGGCACCUGGGAUUCCUGCCCCCCUUUCUGCGCACACAACUGUACUCCAUUCUUCCACCUUCCUUGUUUUCUCCACAACCACCUGACAGGGGGUGUCCUGCUUUCUGAGGUGCGCUUCUCAUCAUGACUGCUUCGUUUUGCCCUUCUGACUUCCACGGCACAAGAUUAUCUACCAAAAUCAAAACAGAACGGCCUUAACUCUUUCCGGGAAGAGACUGGUAGGCAGGCUGGGUUAUCAACAGAUCUGUGCCCACGCGGGGUCAGCAGGGGGGGGGCUGGGCGCUGCGGAUCCACGGACUGACCCUCACUCACGGCCACAGAAAGUCCACCCAUCUUACUUCGGUAUAGACGAGUAUGGCACGGUUUCAAAAAAAACUGACUACGUCUAAAAUACGUGUGUGUAUGUUUAUAUGGGUAUUGCAUGUUUUUUUAAAAGGCUCAUCUUACUUGUAAACACAGACUGUUAAGUCACUACUAAAGUCAGUAAAUACCCUUGGUCCCAAUUUGCUUACUCUUACAAGAGCAGACUAGUGUCGGAAAAUAUGCAGACUUGUAAAGGUUGGUGUAUUGCUGAGACAAAAGCUGCUUAUCUUCCUGAAUACAGCGUCUUUCUAAGGUACCAGAAACGAUCAAUUCUCUUUCCUUUCAUUGUUUAUGGAGCGAAGUAAGUCCCAAGGAGAUAAGAGCGAUCAUAUCCAGGGAAGUGCGAGUAUACUUAGCAAACAAAAAAGACCCACUCGAGAUGACCUGUGUUCCGAAGGCAAAGGCCCAGGGAGGGCCGCACGAGAUUAUCUGGGCAAGCCCAUGUUCUUAGUUAACUGAAAGAGAAGUGAUUUUAACCAAACGGAGACUCCAAGAUCCUUUCACAAUCCUGGAAGUUUUUAAGGGACGUGGGUAGAGAUGCGAAAUCUGGACAAGAUACAGAAUAAAGGCAGAGAGGGGAGUCGCCCAGGAUCUCCUCUCCAGUGGGACAUCGUUGCCAAUGAGGGCGUGAGGUGGUCCGUGUCAAGAGGACAUCCCAGUGGCACUCACGCCCCUGGUCUCCGUGCGGUGCAGUGAGGUGGAGAAGGCCGUCUGCUACGAUGUCAGGAGCUCUCGGAAGCAUGGCCCUCUCCUCCCCGUCUGCCUCUAGGCUGGAGGGCAGGCCUGGGGUCUGGUAGGCUUCUUGACCCCUACCACCAGCUCUAGGGUCUAACAGGGGCCUCAUUCAGUGAUCAGUGGUCUCCCUGGCAGGAAGCCUUCC